AUGUCGCAGUCAACAAUGGUAUCCAUUUGCGAGGCUGCACCACAGACUCCAACCGCAGAGCUGGAUAGUGUUGUGGAUCUGAGUUCCCAGCCCAGCUCAUGGAGGCUUGUCAACACUGUUUUACGCGUAGAUGUUCUUUUAAUCAACGCACUCGUCCUGCUCAAGUUGGCGAUGCAUUGGUGCUCCAAAUCAGAGCAGUCAUCCAAGCAACUACCGAGCCCGCCACCGUCAUGCUUUCCUCGGGAAGAUGGAAGCUCGGAGUGCUAUGAAAGCCGGGGGAGAUGCGGCUUGAUUGUGCCAGCUUUGCUUAUUGCUCUUCUUUUGGCGUGUAUGCCGGUGGUCAAGGCCAUUGCCGACACGCAGGUGCCUGUAGUACCUCCAAGACCAGCUAUGCGGCAGCGGCGAAGAUCAUCUACCAAGCGCAAGACGGUUAGGUGGGCCAUGUGA